CAUUGCUUUGUUCUGUGCCAUUAUUGCAUCUUUGACUGUUGACAUCUUUGUGUGUGUUAGUGAAAUGGUAUUUAAUCAGACCUUUUGGUUUUGUGUUUAGCUUUGUUUUUUUUAACUGGAUGAGAACAUGACAACUAGGCCGAUGGCUGUUGCAUUUCCUGUCGGACUUGAAAGCAAUUGUCCUCUAUUUCUUCUUGGAAUUUAUUUUUUUCCCUCUUCUCCCUGUAAAUUUAACGUUCAAGCAAACUAUGCUGGCACUAUAUUUAAGAUGUGCAAGUUUGGGAACUCUUUGUUGAGUCUGUUGUUUCUUUGCUGUAAAAGUUUGAGCAAGCCUGGAUUACAUUUCAUCAGGUUAUAGUGUUAUUAUACAAGGUUUGAAUGCUGGGGAAUGGGUUAUGCUGCACUUGAAGUUUCUGUUUACUCAGAUGCUGAUUACUUAGACUUUUAGGGGAUGAUAUUCUGAUUAGUGAUUUUGGGAGGAAACUGGACAUGAGUAUGCUUGUGGGGAUAUGCUCGAACCGCGAGAAUCUGAUAUACCUGUCCUGUUUCUGGUCCUGGUUGUGCUUCCCUUGGUGGCUUACAUCUUACUUGGAAAAUGGAGUGAAACUAGUAAGAAGAGAGAUAGGAUAAAUUUGCUUGCCCAUUUGGCUGCUGAAGAAGCUCUAAGAGCUGAAGAAAUGGCCGUGGCUGAUGUAAUUCCUCCAGUGUCUGCUUCAAAAAAUGAACAUCAUGUGUGUGCUAGGUGCUCUGCUCCAGCCAGAACUCGCUGCUCCAGAUGCAAAAUUGUUAGAUAUUGCUCUGGAAAUUGUCAAAUAAUCCAUUGGAGGCUAAUUCACAAGCAAGAAUGCCAGCAACUGGAACCUCAUAAAUCAAGCUCAUUUCCUCUGGCUGUUUCAGUUGAGGAAUUUGGUCAUGGGGAUGGUAGUUACUUUUAUGAAAAUUUGAACAACCAGUUCUUAGGUCCCUCUUUGAAGCAGACUUUAAGGGAGAGUGCACCUUUGGACUAUUUGGUUCACCCUCUGACAGGCACUGCUGCUCCUACUACAGCUGAUUUUUCUGUAUUUAAUAACUUUCAACAUUCUGCUUUUGAAAGAACUUCCCAUAAAUCCAACAGAGAAACAUUGAGAAGAGAUAAUGGCUCUAUAUAUGAAUCUUCUGAUUAUAAAGCUAGCAGUUCUCUCUCAAGUGUGGUACCAAAGGAGGCGUUUAUGAGACAGAAGUCAAGAAAGAGCAGUGAUUCUGUGUUGGAAGAAGAAAUUUCAAAUGUCAGUUCUGGUGGCUUUGGAGUUUAUAUUAACAGAUUUGAUGCAUCAAAAAACAUGAUCCAUGAGAAUGACAACCAUCAAAGUCAAUAUGGAAAUGCAUUGGUAACAAGACACAAAUAUGGACGCUCAAAUGUGUCAAGUGCUGCAAACAAUGAUAACGGUGUAGAUGAAUUUGAAACGGACAUCACCACUAAAGGUGUAAGUGUAGUCAAAGGGGGAAAUUAUCAUUCUGAUGAAGCAGCACAAUACAAACGCCCUUCUGAAUCGACAAUCAAAGGAAGCAUGAAAGCUAAAAAGAUAUUACAUACUCCCAAGACCAAAUCUUCUAAAUCACCAAAGUCAACAUCAAAGACAUCAGCUGACUUUUGUUGCUCAGAAAUAGAGAAGAAAGGAAAAACUGCAGAUGAACUUAAAGUUGCUGGAAAUAGUGAUACCAUCCCUUUACAUGGUAAUGGUAGCAAUGGGACUGCAAACACUGGAAUUAUGAAAAUGAUGGGCUUGAGGAAAUCAACAAAGCCUACUCCUCUAGCCUCUACAGAAAGCAUGGACGUAAAGUGCAAGAAGGUGAAGAAGAUAAAGAUGUUGUUUCCUUAUGAUGAAUUUGUAAAGAUUUUUCAGAGUGAUGUCUUUGGCAUAUACCCCAGGGGCCUUUUAAAUUGUGGGAACAGUUGCUAUGCCAAUGCUGUCUUGCAGUGCUUAACUUCUACAAAGCCUCUAGUUGUCUAUUUGCUUUAUAGAUCACACUCAAAAGCUUGUUGUGCGAAAGAUUGGUGUCUCAUGUGUGAGUUAGAGAAACACAUAAUGGUUUUAAGAGAAAAUGGGGAUCCUCUAUCUCCUAGUAGGAUACUUUGGCAUAUGCGGAGCAUUAACUGCCACAUGGGUGAAGGAAAUCAAGAAGAUGCCCAUGAAUUUUUAAGGCUUCUAAUUGCAUCAAUGCAAUCUAUAUGCUUGGAGGCACUUGGUGGUGAGAAAAAGGUUGAUCCUAGACUACAAGAAACAACUUUCAUACAACAUACUUUUGGUGGUCGUCUUCAAUCCAAGGUUAAGUGUUUGAAAUGUAAUCACGAAUCAGAAAGAUAUGAGAACAUUAUGGACCUGACCUUGGAGAUAUUGGGUUGGGUUGAGUCACUGGAAGAUGCACUGACUCAGUUUACUUCCCCUGAAGAUUUGGAUGGAGAGAAUAUGUACAGAUGUGGAAGGUGCACAUCAUAUGUCAGAGCUAGAAAGCAACUGAGCAUACAUGAGGCUCCUAACAUCUUGACUAUAGUUCUGAAGAGAUUUCAGGAAGGAAGAUAUGGGAAAAUUAACAAGUGCAUAACUUUUCCUGAAAUGCUGGAUAUGAUUCCUUUCAUGACUGGGACGGGUGAUAUUCCGCCACUUUACAUGCUUUAUGCUGUUGUUGUGCACCUGGACACACUAAAUGCGUCUUUCUCUGGACACUAUGUUUCAUAUGUGAAAGAUCUGCAAGGCAAUUGGUUCAGAAUAGAUGAUAUUGAGGUUCAGCCAGUACUAGUUAAUCAGGUCAUGUCAGAAGGAGCAUAUAUCUUAUUCUACAUGAGGUCUUGUCCCCGUCCUCCGGUGGAACAUACUGUGAAAGCUGUGCAGCAAUCAGUUUAUGAUUCUUCAAAGCACAAUCCAAUGGAAAUGCAGAAACCUAAUAAACCAGGACAUAGCAGGCAUGGCAGUCAUCAGUUUUUUGUCUCAGAGUCAUCACCCAAUGCGAGGCCAGAAAUUUCCACUCACAUUAUUGACACCACCAAUGGCUUCCUUAGAAAAAGCACCAAUAGGAAUGCCCUGCCGGUGACCCAAACUUACGCCAAAAAUGUCAGGAGUGAGUUCUCUGACACCACCUCAAGCGACUGGUCCCUUUUCACAAGCUCGGAUGAGGCUUCUUUCACAACUGAGAGCACCAGGGACUCCUUCAGCACUGUAGACUAUGGUGAUUCAGGCAACAUGGAUCCAAUUUCAUCAAUCUUCAACUACACCCCAGAAAAGUCCUACUUGAAGUUUUCACAUAGUAGGCCAGUUACCAGGGUCUUCCCUGAAAAGGGUCAUGUUGAACAAGUACAGAGAAUUGAUCACUCCAAAAGGGUCAGCCAUUCUUCAAAUGAACAUCCACCAAAUGGGAAUUGUGGCUUGUAUGUAUAUUAUGGGAGUAAUCCUGUGUGUGGUACUACCCGGACUUCUAGUCAGUGUGAAUUUUAGUCUUUGGAGAAUCCUAACUUGUUGAACUGAUUAUUAGAUGCAGUAGGUGCUGUGCCUCAAAGUUUUCAGUAUUUAGUUGAUUGAGGCAUAUAGUUCUUUUAAGCGCAGAUGUAUUUUUUUUUACUAUUGAUAAUUGUAAAGAUGACGGCAUCGAUCCUUUAGUUAACUAUCAAUCCAUCCAAGUCUUUUCCUAGUGGUAUCACUGUUCAAUUUCA